CAGCUGGAGCGCGUCUCCACACGGAAGUGUUCUGCUGCAGGUUGGGGUUGGUGCAGUGUGAAGUGGCUUAGUGAGAUGACAGCCGGCUGCCCGGCGCUUCACCGGUGACACCUCAUAUCGCCCAGUCCACGGCUGAAGAAUGACACGAGUCGACGGCCUCUCUUCUCCGUGUUAGCUCAGACGCUAACAGUCGGUUAGCCUCGGUGCGGCUUUUUAAAAUUGGGCGCAGCUAGCUUAGUGGGCGGCUACUGGCUGAGAGGAGGCGUGUGAUGGUCUGGGGGUGUUCGUGACAACAACAACAACAACAACAACAACAACAACCCAGGGAGAGCAGCUGAAGAUGGGCGACAUCGGUGGGGAGGAGGACGUCGAGGAAACACCUGACCUGCCCGUGGAGAUCAUAGUUUACAUCCUGAGCUUCCUCCACGCGUCCGACCGGAGGGAGGCCUCGCUGGUCUGCCGCAGCUGGUACAGCGCCAGCCAGGACCUGCGCUUUCAGAGGAACGUCACUUUCUGCUUCCCGGCCUCGGCCUCGUCCCUGGAGCUCGUCAGGGCCCUGGGCACAAAGUCCCGCUGCAAUCUGAUAAUCAGCCAGCUCGAUGGCUUCAGCUUGUCCAGAUCCCUGCUGCUGGAGGUGGGUCUGUGUCUGGGCUCCAAACUGGAGAGCCUGGCCCUGCCUGGCAGCAGCAUAACAGAGACGUCCCUGCUGGCCCUUCUCCCGUGCCUCACCUCCCUCCGCAGGCUGGACCUCCGGGGCCUGGACAGCCUCUUCAUGUCGGGAGCGUUCCUCUCCCGGGAGGAGCAUCGGCAGCAGGUCAGGUCAGCGCUGUCCGGCCUGGAGGAGCUGGAUCUGUCCGACCUGCGCUACCUCUCCGACCUCACCCUCAACCGGCUCACCGGCUGCACGCCGCGCCUCCGCCGGCUCUCGCUGGCCGGCUGCCACAUCGCCUUCGAGUUCGACCCGUACCGCGGGUGCCCGGUGGGAGCCGUCGAGGACUCGUCGGCGCUGCUGUCGCUGAGGAACCUGCGGAGGCUGUUGACGGAGCAGAAGUCCACCCUCGUGGCUCUGGACAUCAGCAGGACCUCCAUCACCCCCGAGUCACUACGCACUAUUGCACAGGUUCAGGGUUUGGUCUUAGAGGAGCUGUGUCUGCACGGCUGUAAGGAGCUGACCAACUACUCCGUGGAGGCUCUGGUGAAGCACCAGCCGAGCCUUCGGAGACUGGACAUCAGUGCCUGCACCGAGCUGACGAGCCGGUCCGUCGAGGCCGUGGCUCAGGGCCUCAAGUCGCUGACGCACCUCUCCUUGUCCCGCGACUGGAGGAUCACUGAGAAAGGCCUCGCUGAGCUACUGUCGGUGUCGUCCCUGACGAGUCUGGAUCUGUCCGAGUGUCUGCACGUCGGCGGAGCAGAGAUAGUCAAAGGCUUGACGGGAUGCAGUGGCAGCAGAGCGCGGCUGGAGACGCUCAGCCUCAAGAGCUGCACCUACAUCAGGGAUCUUGCCGUGUUCUCUCUCACCCAGCUGCUGGGGGAAACGCUCUGCGAGCUCGACCUGACCUCGUGUGUCAACGUGACGGACCUGUCGGUGCGCGCCAUCGCCACCUACUUGCAGAGGCUGGUGGUCCUGAGGCUUGGCUGGUGUAAAGAAGUCACCGACUGGGGUCUGCUGGGGAUGGUGGAGAAGAGCAAGUGUGACCUCGACAAGGAGAUGGAAGACAAGGGGCCCCGGUUCACGCGGACCUUCGGCAACAUGGGCUUCUUCAAGCCCCCUCGUUUGCCGUUUGAGGAGCGGCCCAAGCUGGUGACGCAGAACGACCUGGAGCAGUUCAAACAGCAGGCGGGAGCGUCGCUCUUAGCUCUCAGCAGGCUGCGCGAGCUGGACCUGUCUGCCUGCUCCAAGCUCACCGACAGCAGCAUCACGCAGGUGGUUCGCCACCCAGACCUCCACCGUCUGUCCCUCUCCAUGCUGCCGGAAGUCACCGACGACAGCCUGGCGUCCGUGGCCUGGCACUGCCGCAGCCUCACCAGUCUGUCGCUCAGCCACUGCCCGGGCGUCAGCGACCACGGCGUGGCAGAGGCGGCGCCGUACCUCCACAGGCUCCAGCAUCUCUACCUCUCCUGUUGCAAUAACAUUACGGACCGAUCCUUGUUUCACCUGGUGAAGCACUGCAAGCGUCUGAGGACACUGGACAUCUCGCGGUGCAAAAACAUCUCCAUAACAACGAUGGACCUCCUCCAGUCACAACUGCCCUUCUUGGAAAACAUCCACUAUAAGUUCAUCGGUGGGGCCGAACCCACUCUGACACUCUGACCGCUGGACAUUUCAAUAUCAGAACACCUGCUUAAACCAAAGCCUGCUCCCUCGAGCGGAGCUUAACUGCACAUCUCAGCACAUUUGCACUAGAACUGAAGUUGUGAACCAAUUAUCUAUAGGUUGUUUGUUUUUAUAUCUCUAGUAUAGGACGGGUGCAAACCAGUGAGGACAUACCUGCAUGUCUGUAAGGUGAAACAUUUCUUAAGAUAAAGAAGCUGACUGAAGACACACCCACCCUCAACACCACUUUCAUCAUCAACUGUUGAGUCGAGGGGGAAAAGUUUUAAUGUAAUAUUUAUGUUGUAGUUUUUUGUGGUGCAUCACCACUGAGGACACAGAUUUCACCCUGAGGAAAAUAUAUUUCAACGUGCUGCGUUUGUUCCUAUGAAAUCAAGACAAAUGCUGCAAACGUAAAAACCUAGCUGCCACAGUAAAACAAAACCAAAAAAAUUAGAAUGUGAAUUUGUUUUUUUCUGGGACCAUUAUUUUUGGAGUUAAACGCCACCCAUCUAAAAUAUUUUACUUUUUAUAAUGUCUUAGCAGAACCUGUCGAAUUAGAAGUAAUUUUAAGAUUUAAAGUUAAUUAUUAAUAUGUAUUGAUGUAAAUAUACAUUUAGGUAUUUUGAACCCACAAACUACUGAGUAACUUUUACACCAUUAUGCAUAUUGCGCUAAACAUUAAGUUUUAUUUUUUAAAGCUUUGAGCCCUCUUGUAAGAGGUAAGACUUUAUUUAUUAGCUCAAAGUUUUGGUAACAUGCGUAUGAUUAGUUUCUUGAUCAUCUUUUCUUUUUUUUAAGGACAGAGGGAGACUUCAAGUGUGAAAGAUGUUUAUUUAAAAAAAAUAAACCAAAGUUUUGCACACAU